AUGAAUGGCCUUCCGGAGAACAUCCAUGACAUCAGCGUGGGCAAAAGCGACGACGCUGAGGUGGUGCUCUUCAACUCUGGCAACGCUGCAAUCGAGGGACUUGGCGUCUUCUUGUUUGCCUAUGUCUGCCAGAUCAACGCGUAUGAAGUGUAUUGGGAUAUGACAGACCGCUCUCUCUCCAAGUACACCUUGGCGUCGGCUCUGGGUAUGAUGCUGUGCUUCCUGUUGUACGCCAUGACAUCCUUCUUCGGCUACCUCGACUUUGGCCGAGAAGUGACGAGCUCUGUGCUGCUUAUGUACGAUCCAAUCAAGGAAAAACAGAUGAUGGUCGGUUUUGUUGGUGUGCUUGUGAAGUUGUGUUGUUCUUUUGCAUUGCUUUCCAUGGCGUGCCGCAACUCCCUGUAUGGCACUAUUGGCUGGGAUGCUGAUGAAAUUCCCUACUGGAAGCACAUUAUUGUGGUCGUCACCCUCUCCGUUAUCAUGCUGCUCUUCGGCCUGUUCAUCCCAAAGAUUACAAUUGUGUUGGGCUUUGCCGGAUCCAUCACUGGAGGCUCUCUCGGUUUCAUCCUCCCAGCGCUGUUCGUCAUGUACUCAGGGGAUUGGAACCUGAAGAAGGUGGGCAUCUUCAACUACCUAUGCACGUACGCCCUACUUCUGUCUGGAGUUGUUGCUGUUAUUUUUGGCGAAGGUGGGACGAUUUACAGUACGGUUAUUGGCGAUUGA